AAGUUCACUCUUACUUUCCUCCCCAGACCCUAAGAUUCAUUACAGAGCUGUUUAAUUUAAGAUGGAGUAUGUUAUAGAAAUAUUGACCGUAACAUCAAGUAUCUACACAGAGGGCUUUUCUGGAAAACCAUUUUCAUUUACCAUGGCAGUGAAUUUUUCAGACAUAGAUGAUGCUGUGAUGGCUUUUAAUCCGGUGAGCUGUUGAAAUGCUGACUUCGUUCGCUGCCUGUAGCUGGACCUGCAGCCUGAAGAGAUGGAACAAAAAUUUCAGUCUGUUUGUCUCAUCCUUUAAACUCAUUUUAGUAAAGCCCUAUGUGUGUGCUUAGCGCUCAGAUAUUCAUGUUCUCGUGAAACCCCCCAGAACUGUAGGUGCUUUGAGCAGGGUGAGGGAAUAAAUUGUCUGCUCCACUGAGCUCAAGAUUUUUAUCAGGCAAACUUUGCCUCUACUGUAAAUGCAGGGCAUUGGCUCCAUGUGCAGAUAGCAAUAUGCUUACUUUUAUUGCCCAUUACCCCAGGGUCCAAGUCUGCAAUUAGAUUUGGGCAGAUAACAGGCAGAAAUCAGUUACAGUGUUUAAAUGCAAUGAGACUGUGGGGUGAGGAGCGCUGCUGAAGGAUAGGCAAUGAAAGAGGCGAAAUGUAGAUACAGCUGAGGAAGGAAGCUGUAGUUGGGCUGGGCAGGAAGGCAGCAAUGCUGCCACAAUACCACUUGAGUUCCACAGCCUUUUAAUAGAGGCCUCGCCUUUUUCCAGUUUAUUUCCUGGAGAGAAGCUUUUGUUGCUGGUAUUCUCAUAAAGAAGGAAAUACAUUUCACAGGUCCGAGAACGAACUGCGAAGUGAUUUCAGGUCAUAUCUUCUUUAGAUCUUAAUAGCCGUUUCGAGAAAAUUCUAUCCAUCUGUGCAACCCUCACCUGGAGAAAAUGAAAGAAGACAUCCUAUACCAUUUUGCUCUUGGGACCGGUACCCAUGAUUUUCCUGCACUGUUUGGAGAUGUAAAGUUUGUGUGUGUAGGGGGAAGUCCUUCGCGGAUGAAAGCUUUUAUUGCCUACAUAGCUGAAGAACUGGGACUUGGGAGCCCUGGUGGCGACUACCCCAACAUCUGUGCAGGAACUGACCGUUACGCCAUGUACAAAGUGGGACCCAUUCUGUCAGUCAGUCACGGUAUGGGCAUUCCUUCUAUUUCAAUCAUGUUGCACGAGCUGAUCAAACUGUUGUAUCAUGCCAAGUGUUCCAACAUAACCAUUAUUCGUAUUGGCACCUCGGGUGGAAUAGGUCUGGAGCCAGGCUCAGUGGUUAUAACCAGGCAGUCUGUAGAUGCCACCUUCAAACCUCAGUUUGAACAGGUUGUUCUGGGAAAAACUAUAAUUCGCAGCACAAAUCUAGAUGAAGAGCUGGCUAAAGAGCUGUUACAGUGCAGUAAAGAAAUCAAUCAGUUCAAUACUGUCAUUGGAAACACUAUGUGCACUUUGGAUUUCUAUGAAGGACAGGGCAGGUUGGAUGGUGCAAUCUGCUUGUAUAAUGAAGAAGAAAAACUGCAAUAUUUGAAGGAAGCUUAUGAUUCUGGUGUCAGGAACAUUGAGAUGGAAUCUUCUGUCUUUGCUGCAAUGUGCAAUCUCAGUGGUGUCAGAGCUGCUGUAGUGUGUGUCACUCUCCUGAAUCGGCUUGAAGGGGACCAGAUCAGCAGCUCACACGAUAUACUUGUGGAGUAUCAGCAGAGGCCACAGAAAUUAGUGGGAUAUUUCAUUAAGAAGAGUCUUGGGAAAGUAUGACAUGUCUGUCUUUGGUUUUUAGAAACAGAAGGCUUUUGCACACGGAAGUUGCGGUCACAACCUCUGUGCGUUAAAGGUUUUUUGCCUCAGAAUAGCUUUUAGCAUUCCAUGUAUAUGUGGAAGUUAAUUAUUUAUGUCAGUGUGCUUUGGGAACUGAAUGUGCUGAAUGCACUUCAGUUAAGAUUAGUUUAGUUAUUGUUGCUGGUAUUUAAGAUUCCCUUUUCUGAGUGGAAACUGGAUCUGUUGUGAAGGACAAGCUUGCUGUGACGUAUGAGAAAGUUUUAUUUAUCUUGGCUGCUGAAGAAAAAGUAGGAAGAAAACAAAGUACUUUUUUUGGAAAGUACUUGUGAACCACCAAAUUAAAAUUAACUUAAGAAUGCUAAUACCUUCCUCGUUGUUUUUAAAAAGUAUAUAAAGUUAUAUAUAUUAUAAGCCCUUGUUGCUUCACUUUGUAAGGAAAAUUUAGAGUGAAUGCACUUCGUUUUUUUCCAGAAUUUGACAAAUAAACAGUAUUAUUUUCAUAUGGUAAUAUUUAA